AUGACAAUCAUCCGGUAUCGGUCAAGUGUCAACGCAUUAGCAUUCUGCCCCCCUCAAGCUCUACUGAACAUGCCUUACCUCCAGCAGCGGCAAGUCUGGGCUGGCGAAGUGGUAGUGAAAAGAGGCAUGCGCAACCCAAACGGUACUUACAAUGUGGGACUGAUUAUUGGCCUGACCAUCAUCGGGAUCUUCGCUCUAUCUCUCAUCAUCUGUAUCGGACGCUGGAAAUACUAUCGCGGAACAGUGAAAUGCAGACUCUGCGGCGUAAAGUCAAACUCGGGAUGCGGCUUCGAGCUGGUGCGCGGCCGCAUCACAGGGUAUGGGCGGAAUAUCUAUCAGCACCUCGGGGGGAAGUGCCUUACAAAGGCAGAGGCGGACGAAGCUCCCAAGGCAGUCAGGUGA